CGCGCAUGCGCCUCGGCCGGUUCCUUCCGGAGAUUGAAUCACUCAUAUGCGCGUCAGAGGGAAAAAAAAGCGCCAAGGUCAUGAACUAUGACCUCUGAAGGAAAGAACGUGAUGUUAAAAGCAAAGAAAUAAAGGUUUUUUUGUAGGAUGAUCAUUGAUGAGCAGCUGAACGUGGUUGGGCUGAGGACAUUACCCUGAGGAACUCCUGCACAGAUAUUCUGGCCCCAAGAUGACUGACUCCAGCAACCACAACCAAUCUUUCUUUGUACCAGGCCACACAUGUUCAUGUCCAUGUCACUAGAGCACUAGUGCAGUGUUUCAGGCCACGCUGCCAGAAUCACCGGUGAUGACUCAGAAAAUCCAGAUAAUCUCCACAGACUCUCCUGUUUCCUCCCCUCAAAGGAUUCAGAUUGUAACUGAUGAACAAACGGGACAGAAGAUUCAAAUUGUAACGGCUUUAGACACAGCUGUAGCCUCCAAACAGUUUAUUUUGGCCAGUCCAGAAGGUAGAGGUGAAGCAAAGGUGAUACUGGAAGAAGGAGACAGCCCAGUCCAAGGCAAACUUGUUCUGACAACACCUGAAAGCUCCAGUUCAAAACAGCUAAUCCUUACCACUACAGAUGGUACUGUACCUCAAAGAUUUCAGAUUGUGACAGACGCGGUAGAACAUCUGUUAAUAAAAACAGAAGUACAACGUUCACAGCCAGCCGAGAACUGUGUUGUGUGUGGAGACAAAGCAUCAGGGCGUCACUAUGGUGCAGUCAGCUGUGAGGGUUGUAAAGGGUUCUUCAAGCGAAGCGUAAGGAAAAAUCUGACAUAUAGCUGCCGUAGCAGUCGAGACUGUGUCAUCAACAAGCAUCAUCGUAACCGCUGUCAGUUCUGCAGACUUCAAAAAUGUUUGGAGAUGGGAAUGAAAAUGGAAUCUGUCCAGUGUGAGAGAAAACCAAUUGAGGCACAACGGGAGAAACCAGCAAACUGUGCAGCUUCCACAGAAAAGAUCUACAUCAGGAAAGAUCUAAGGAGCCCACUCACAGCCAUGCCAACGUUCAUCACAGGCAAAGAAAGUGUAAGCCCGACUAACCUGUUUGAAUCAGGAGCUUUGGUGAAUAUUCAGCAGCCGCUAAUACAGACAGACAGUGCUGGUGUCCUAAUGGCUGUGGACUCAAAGGCUGAAGCAAGCCAAGGUGAUUUGAGUACACUGGCUAAUGUCAUCACCUCACUAACAGACCUCAGCAAGGGCAAGGAGGAGUCACAGAGCCUGGGUGACUUGACAGCAAUUGAAGCACUUCAUAAUGGAGACAUCAAUAUCACAGAACUGCAGCAAGAGGACCAGUCUACCAAUGAGAUUACACGGGCAUUUGACACUUUGGCGAAAGCACUGAGCCCUACGGAUGGGAGCACUGUGCCUGGCCUGAUGGAAGGUUUGGAAGCUAUAGGAGAAACUAAUAUCCAGUUGAUGAGCAGAGACCAAUCGAUGCCCAUAAUAGAAGUGGAAGGACCUUUACUGACAGACACCCAUGUGAUCUUCAAGCUGACCAUGCCCACCCCGAUGCCUGAGUACUUGAAUGUCCAUUACAUCUGUGAAUCUGCCUCCAGACUUCUCUUCCUGUCCAUGCACUGGGCCAGAUCGAUUCCAGCAUUCCAGGCUCUAGGUCAGGAUUGUAACACCAGCCUGGUGCGAGCCUGCUGGAAUGAGCUGUUCACUUUGGCCUUGGCACAGUGUUCUCAGGUCAUGAAUCUCUCUACUAUCCUCACUGCGAUUGUAAACCACCUGCAGAGUGGCCUGCAGCAAGACAAGCUUUCUGCAGACAGAGUGAAAGUGGUGAUGGAACACAUUUGGAAGCUGCAGGAGUUCUGUAACCACAUGGCCAGGCUGGGUAUCGAUAGGUUCGAGUAUGCGUACCUCAAGGCUAUCGUUCUUUUCAGUCCUGAUCACCCAGGUCUCAAUAGUACCAGUCAAAUUGGAAAGUUUCAAGGCAAAGCACAAAUGGAGCUGCAGGAUUAUGUGCAAAAAACAUAUCCUGAAGAUAGCUACAGAUUGGCCCGAAUUCUUCUCCGCCUGCCGGCUCUUCGAUUGAUGAAUUCCAGCAUCACGGAGGAGCUCUUCUUCACUGGACUGAUUGGGAAUGUUCAGAUUGACAGUAUCAUCCCUUAUAUCCUGCGAAUGGAAACUGCAGAAUACAACAGUCAAAUCAUUGGCACUUAACCCCGUGGAACAGGUUCAUCAGCUCAUCAUUAAACAUGACAGCUCCAUCAAUGAGAGGCGAGAGAGCAGAGCACAGCUUGGA